AUGACUGAUGUCAAAGUCGCUGUCUACAAGCCCACCGAGAAGGGAAAACUAUGUCACUGGGCCAUUUGGUUGACGACAUCCCAGCCGGACGAAUCCAUAAUCUUCCAAAUUACUGACAACAUGUAUGGCUAUGGCUAUCGUCUUGCCGACCCCAUUUACACAAAUCCUUUCCACACAGAAAAGUUCUCGAGUUAUUUCCAUUGUGGUUCCAUUCGUCAAGAGAAUCUUGAUUGCGCAGUGGAUGCGAUCAUGAAUUACCCAGUGCACAAUCGAAUGGCGACGUGGAAUUGCCAGUCGUGGGUCUUGGAGUGUUUGGAUAUGUUGGCUCGGAUUGGAGCCAUGGAUUGUCUUUCUCAGGGAAGACAUCUUUUGGAGACACUGCGGGAGUAG